AUGUCGUUAAACAACUUCCAAGAAUACAAGAAUAAAGAAUCUGGUGCUCUAGAUACCAACCCACAGAACCGCCCCAAGUAUGUUCAGAAAGUUCAAUCGAUACCACAAGCAGAAAUAUGGCGAAACAUUGUUCUUGGUGAAAUUUCAUCGAAAUUGACACAAAUCAACGACACCCAAACAAGUGAAAGUCGAGUGAGAGAGUUGAACGAUGCGUUAAACCAGUUAUUUAAGGAGAAGAGGAGUUGGGAACAUCAGAUCAAGAACCUUGGAGGAAAUGAUUACAUUCACAAUACCAAAGAUAUGACGCAUUCAGCCGUUAACAUUGCUGGAUGGAGAUACUUUGGUCGAGCAAAGGAGUUACCCGAUGUAAAGAAGAUGAUUGAAGAGAAGAAAGGACAGGAUAGGAGGAACGAGUCAAAGAAGGAUCUUGAGAAGAGAUUAGAUGAUCAUUACUAUGGGAAAGUAAAGGACAGCAAGCAACUUCUAGAGUUUGAAGCUAGGCGAAGUGAAGAGCUAAAGAGAAAAUACAAUGGCACUGGUGAAAAAUAG